AUGGCUGCUGUGAUUCCUCCUCACCCUUACUAUCCGAUAGACGCCUCAAUCGCGGGGUAUUCUCCCAAUGAAGCGUCAGUUAUUACGCUUCUCGCUGUGGCCAGCGUGAGCUCUCUCGUUCUCCUGGGAACAACCUGGACCAUAGUCAAUCUUGCAAAAUCGAGCUUGCGCUAUGGCGACAGAUUUGCUAUCCUCUGGUUUGUCUUAUCUGGAACCCUUCAUUGCUUCUUCGAAGGUUAUUUUAUCUUCAAUCAUGAUCGGAUGGGAUCUAGACAGGACUUUAUUGGACAAUUGUGGAAGGAGUAUGCCCUAUCAGAUUCGCGGUAUAUGACUUCAGACACGCUGGUGUUGUGUAUGGAGACUAUCACCGUGUUCGUCUGGGGUCCGCUCUGUUACUUGGUCGCGUACUUAACUUUCACCCAGCACUCACUCCGGCAUCCAUUGCAAAUAAUCGUCUGCAUGAGCCAUUUGUACGGGGAUACGCUGUAUUACGCGACGAGCUUGUUUGAUCACUAUGUCCACGGGGUGGCAUACUGUCGGCCGGAGGGUUAUUACUUUUGGAUCUACUAUUUCUUCAUGAACUUCAUCUGGAUCGUCAUUCCCUUCUAUUAUCUGUGGCAAAGUGUCGGUACGAUAUCGGACGCUUUGAAGAGUGUGCAGGAGAUGGCGAAUCAGCGCAAGUCUCGAUAG